AUGGUCGCCAUCUCUCUCGCUGCUGUUACCUCUCUUAUCGCCGCCGCUGCUACGGUCCAGGGCGCCCCCGCUCAGAAGCGUGCCGCUCCCGGCCAGGCUGACAUUGACACUGUCAUCCUCAACUACGCUCUCACCCUCGAGCACCUUGAGAACGCCUUCUACCGCGACUCUCUCAAGAAGCUCUCUGCCGAGGACUUCUCCAAGGCCGGCUACCAGCCCUGGAUCCGCCAGCGCUUCAUCGAGAUUGGUUCCCAUGAAAAAGCCCACGUUCAAUUUCUAACCAAGGCCCUCGGGGACCAGGCGGUCAAGGAAUGUACCUACAACUUCGGCGUGACUGAUGUCAAGAGCUUCAUUGCUACUUCUCAGCUCUUAGAAGGAGUUGGUGUUUCUGCUUACCUCGGAGCUGCUGCGAACAUCACUUCGCCUGCCUACCUCACUGCAGCGGGCUCUAUCCUCACCACUGAGUCUCGUCACGCCUCUUGGGUGCAGUCCAGCGCUGCUUUGAGUGACGGAUUUGGCGCGCCCUACGAUGUCGCCACGAACUUCAAUCAGACGUACUCCCUUGCCGCGCCUCUUAUUGUCAAAUGUCCCAGUGGCAACACGCCACUCCCAGUGAAGGCCUUCCCCGCUCUUACUCUGAGCGAGAAGGUCCUCAAGCCCGGACAGAACGUCAAGGUCUCCGGCAAGGGCGUCCAGGACGGCCAACAAGUCGCCUUCCUCACGGCUGGCCAGACUUUGUUCGCCCCCAUUCAGGGAGGAUCCGUAAAGGUCCCUCAGAUCUCCACGGGCCGUACCUACGCGUUGGUCGUCAAGUCCGGCGCCAAGACUGCCAGCGACGACAACACGGUCGCGGGACCCGUGGCAUCUGACUACCUUAGGUCCGCGGCAACUGAGGCCAAGGCUGCCCAGCAGUCCUCGUAA